AUAGUAGUUCCGCCUACAAAUCGGUUUAAAUCAUCCAGGAUAAGGCCAUGUCAGCGUACGAAAUUUGUUAUUAACAAUUAUUGUGACUUUAUUGAAACUGCGGACAAGUAGUUUGUAGAGACACAGACAAUGGCGCGUUUAAUUGUCAUCAUUGCCAUUACAUUUCUGUUCAUCGACAUUGUCGUCUCCAGACCGAGGCUUAAGAGAAACGAAGACAAUGAACCAAUAAAUCUCUUUGUUGAAAAACGAGACGAAGGCGAAAACAAUGGCAAUAAUGGCGAACAAUUGCAAGUUGCUGCCACUACUGAAGAAAAUAAUAUAGAUAAGCCGAUACGUUAUGAUGACGGCCCUUUAUACCCACGUGACUUCCGGGCUAGUGGCCAAGAAGAUGCACCUAGUACCGACGAUCCUGUGCGAUUAAAUGAUAUACCACUAUAUCCAAAUGAUAACCAGUUACAACAAGUAGAGCAAAACGAAAAUACUGACCAAAGAUAUAAUGAAACGUCAACACGGUUCGAUAAUGGUGGAUUGACCGCUGACCUUGAGCUAAAUAAGCCAGAAGAUCUACAGUUAGAUAUUGCGAAUAAAGACCCUAAUCAAGUUAGCGACGAAACGCGUUUCCAGAUAGAUAACGUCGGUUUAUACCCGAGUAACUUGCAAACGAAUGAAACGGACGGCAACAAAUUGAAUGAAAUAAACGAACAACCUAGUACCGACGCUCUGGUACGAUUUGACGAUGGACCACUGAACCAAAAUGAUAAUCAGUUACAGCAAUUAGACCAAAAAGAAAAUACUGACCCAAACUAUAAUGAAUCGCCGACACGGUUUGAUAAUGGUGGAUUAACUGCUGACCUGAAGCUAAACAGGCCAAACAAUCUAGAGUUAGAUAAUGAGAAUAAAGAUCUUAAUCAAGUUGAGGACGACACGCAUUCGCAGAUAGACAACGGUGGGUUGUAUCCAAGUAACUUGCAAACGAAUGAAAAAGACGACAACAAAUUGAAUGAAAUAAACGAACAACCUAGUACUGACGCUCCGGUGCGAUUUGACGAUGGACCACUGAACCAAAAUGAUAAUCAGUUACAGCAAGUAGACCAAAAAGAAAAUGCAGACCCAAACUAUAAUGAAACGCCAACACGGUUCGAUAAUGGAGGAUUGACUGCUGACCUUGAGCUAAAUAAGCCAGAAGAUCUAAAGUUAGAAAAUGAGAAUAAAGAUCUUAAUCAAGUUGGGGACGACACGGUAUCGCAGAUAGACAACGGUGGGUUGUAUCCAAGUAACUUGCAAACGAAUGAAACGGACGACAGACAAAUAAAUGAAACAACAGAACAACAAAGUACCGAUGCUCCUGUACGAUUUGAUGACGGACCACUAAAUCAAAACGAUAAUCAGUUACAGCAAGUAGAGCAAAACGAAAAUACUGACCCAAACUAUAAUGAAACGCCAGCAAGGUUCGAUAAUGGUGGAUUAUCUGUUGACCUUGAGCUAAACAGGCCAAACAAUCUAGAUUUAGAUAAUGAGAAUAAAAAUCUUAAUCAAGUUGGGGACGACACGCAUUCGCAGAUAGACAACGGUGGGUUGUAUCCAAGUAACUUGCAAACGAAUGAAACGGACGACAGUAAAUUAAAUGAAACAAAAGAAGAACCUAGUACCGACGCUUCUUUACGAUUUGAUGAAUUAAACGAAAAUGAUAAUGACGAAGAUGUUCAUUCCAGCAUCACUGACAUUUAUGGAGAUAACGUUGACAAGUCCCAAAAUGACGACAUUGAUUCAAAUGCUGAUAAUUUCAACGGGAUGCGAAUGAAAAGAUUUAUCAACCAAUUUGAGGAAGAUGAUUUGAAUGAUUUAGAUAUCGGUGACGAUAAAAAUAACGUUUUUACAGGAAAAUUCGAUACAAAUGCAGCCGAUCGCAAUGACGAAAGGAAUAACAGAAUGGACAGUGAUGUUGAUCCUAAUGCGAACGUAUCGGAUAAAGACGAUACCGAUGGUUUAAAGGCAGACGAUACGGAUAAUUUCAAUGAAAACGAUAUUGAUAAUCCUGACGAAGAAGAUAUCGACGAAGAUAAUAUCGAUAAGGAUGAUGUCAAUAAAGAUGAUAUCGAUGAAACUGAUACUGAUAAUAUCGAUAAGGAUGAUGUCAAUAAAGAUGAUAUUGAUGAAAUCGAUGAGGAUGAGGACGAUAUCGAUGAAGAUGAUAUUAAUGAAAAUGAUAUGAUAUAGAAUAGAGAUAAAGAAUAGCAACAAAAGCGCUGUUCCUUUG